UUUAAAAGUUUACCGUAAUACAGGAAUACUUUAAUUGUAAACAUAUUUUAUAAAAGUUUUUUGUGAUUAUAAAUUUCAAAAAUAAGUGAACUUCCUGACGGCAUGCACAUUCAAAUUUGUCGGCAUGGACUCCGACGAAGAAAUCAGAACACUAAAAGAGAAAUUAGACAGUAUGAUAGAACAAAAAAGACGAAGAAACCAAGAAAAGUUGCUACACACCCCGCAACCCGAGGAGAAUACUACUUCUGCAUUAAAGUGGACAGAUUUAACAGGAAUAGAAGACACUCCAAAGAAGCAAGCUGCUCUAUCUGAAGACAGUCAUCAAAUUAAGGGAAAUACCCAAGAAAAUAUAGUUCCAGGGAACCGGGUUGGACAAGCAACAGAUGGCGAAAGAAAUAAAACUUCGUCAGAUAAGAUUUUUGAAAAACGAGCAGGAACCACCGACAAGGGAAAAAAAUACGAAGAUUUGGUUACCGCUAAAGUCGCACUACAAUUGAUAAGCGACAGUAAAAUAAGAGAUUUCUACAUUUCUUCGAACGAUAAAAAUUUUGGUGAUUUUGAUGACGUGGUUAUUGAAAUUGAGACAGAUAGCAUAAUAAAAACAAAAGCACUGCAAUUAAAACACAGUAAUGAAAAAAAACAAUUAUAUAUAAAGCAACUGGCAGGCAAAAAAGGAGACUUCAGUUUAAUCAAAUAUUUCAAAUCUGCUCAAGAAGUCCAAGGCGAAGUGCAAGAAUUGAUUUUAUUCACCACAAAUACAUUUGAAACUUCAGAAGAAACAAAAUUUAAACUAGAAGGAGAAGAGUUUUACCUGAAGCCGAUUGAAAAUACAGUUUCAGGAGACGAUUUCGACGUUUUAAGAAUUUCUGAAAAUAUAAAUUAUUAUCAUACAUUUCACAUAGUAGAGGACGAAUGGACUAAACAAAAUGUUGAAAAAAUUCAGCAGUACCAAACAUUCUUCGAGUGCUUUCGUCUUUACACAAGCCAAGAACGUUUUGAAGCUCUUACAAAAUCAACAAUGAAUAAAUUUACUGACAUGUUUUGCUCUUACGAAGAAAUUUUCAAGAGGUACGUCGAGGUCAUAUCAGAAUGGAGUAUGCGAGAUGCAAAAAAAGAAAAGCUAAGCAAAAGAGUGAUCCAACGUGUCAUCGCACUUCGUUUGCUUUCUUCUCAGAUCGAACCGUUUGUUUUUGGUUCAGUCACAGACGAAAUGAAAAUACUUCGAGAGGCUGUUGGUCUGUUCGACAUUACGUUGUUGGAAAAAAAAGGCAGCAACGCAGUUAAAAAUUUGUGGGGAGAUUUGAACCAAAACAUUGACCUCAAAGAACUAAACAAAGUUCGAUUACUUUAUUCUCUUUCUUCUAAUUACAUAAGUAGUGUCGAAAAUCCGGAUGCAAAUUUGUUGACCCAAUUGCUAUGGCUGAUGGAGAAAUGUCCGCUCAUUGUGAAAGAACACGUCAACAUGGAAAAAGCUAUUAACCUCUGUCAAGAUGCAAAAUUUAUUAUACUUGGUGAGAGAAAAUAUGAAAAAUGGAUGAAAAAACACUCUGUGUUUCAAAACUUGUUCAACUUGAAACCAGAAGUCGAAUUGUAUGAAAAAGUAUUGCGAAAAUUCACCAUUUCUAUACAAGGCAAAGAACCACGUAAUUUGGUGACUGCUUUUGACAAAAAUGAAGAAAUUUUUAAACAUGUUACUGUGGAAAAACUUUUAGAGAUGGCAAAUGGUCCAUGCCAUAUAGAUGGACAAAAGGAAGUUUUUCCCAAUCUUUAUAUCGACAGAUAUUUGUCAGUCAAUAUUAUAGACAUCAAAUAUUUAGAACAUGUUAAUCGAAACACUGUUAUCAUUUUAAAUUGCGAAGGUAAUUCUCAGCAAUUGAAAAUAUCUAAAAACCAUACUCUAACAGACAUCGAGGGUUUUUUAAGUAAUACAGACCCCAAAAUUUUUGAUAAACCAAUUUUUAUAAGGAGUGAAAAAACUUGCAGUGAUUCUGAUUUUCAAAUAAUAUGUUCUAAAACACCAGAAUCCACAACUGUGCACUAUUUUAAAUUUCUCAACGAUCAAAAUUUACAAUGGAUUCGAAGCAAAGGAUCUGUUAAUGAAUUGCGAAAUUAUAAAUUACCUAGUCGUUCCAAAAACGAAAACGAAAUUUGGUCUUCCGAAUUCAGCAACAACAUACAUCUAAUAACAGGUGACCCAGGAAUGGGCAAAACCGAGUUAACGAAGAGUCUAAAAAACAACUGUUGUGCGAGAUAUUGGACCGUGAUUCUGAGUGCUCAAGAUGUUAUGUCUUUCUUUAAAAAUUCACCAAAGUCUGAAAAAUUAGCAGACUUACAAUUCGAAACAUUUAUUUUAAACGAAAAAUAUCGAGGCCUCGCUGGGUUGGAUCGAGAAUUCUUUACAAUGUGUUUAAAGCAACGAAAUGUGGUUUAUGUAUGGGACGCUCUUGAUGAAAUAUUUACUCAGUAUUUAAAUGGUACUUUAGAUUUCAUUCUUAUGUUAUCAGAAAAAGGUUUCAUUCAGUGGGUUACUGCAAGGCAACAUUUGAGAUCUUCUCUUGAAGAAAAAUUUGAUACUCUGUCAGUGAGUAUCAAUCAGCUCAGCGAAGUCGAGCAAGACGACUACAUUAAGAAACGUCUUAACAGUUUUAUUGCGUCUGCAAAUAUGAAACUCACCAUCGACAAAAUUAAAUCAACGUUUGCAUUUACAAAACAUAUAGAUAUAUUGGGAAUCCCUCUUCAAAUCUUUAUGCUUACAGACGUAUUACUUAAAAAUAAGAAAACAUAUUUAGAGUUAUUGAAAAAUAAAUUUCUCCUGAGUGACAUGUAUCAUUACUUUAUUGAAGGAAAAUUUAAGUUUUUCUACGAAGGCAAAGUUCCUGUAAACAAUGAUUUUUGGCAAGAAAAAGUGAGGAAGGAAAAGGAAGAAAAAUUGAAACAGUAUGAAAAGUUGGCGCUCAAAGUAAUAUAUCCUAAAAAUGUUUUGAAACAAUUAAAUAUAGAUUAUUCGCAAAAGAUAGAUACUCUUUCUGAAGAUUUCGCAACUGUUGGUAUCUUGACUGGAGUACAAAACGGCAUACCACAAUAUGCACAUGCUUCCUUUGCCGAAUAUUUUGUUGCCUUAUAUUUUUCUAGAAAUUUUAAAAUGAUCCACACUGACAUAUUUUUUGAUGCAAAGUAUAAUAACGUACGUUUCUUCUUCGACAUGUUAACUGGCAAAAAUUCACCGGUCCACAUCGCGAUUUUAUAUAGAAAUUUCGAUGAAGUGGAGAACUUUGACGACAAAAUAAUAAAACGUAAAGAUGAGUGUGGAAGAAGUGCCUUACAUCUCAUUUGCUCUUGGGGACGAAGACAUGGGCGUUUAAAAGUACAACUAGAAGACGAGAGUUAUGUUAUCAAGACAAAUAGGCAGAUUAUGCGUAGUUCGUUAGAAACGAAACAAUAUUUUAAAGCGUUAUGGUUUUUGUUAGACAAAUGUGAAAUAUUAGAAGAAGAUUUUUUACAUCAACUGACACCCUUAGCAUGGGCACAAGAAAGUGAAAGUUUGGGAGCGGAACUGGAAUUAUUACAAACACGUAAAUUACAAUUGGAAGAUUCGUAUAAUCGAAUAGACAGAAUUAAUAUUUUAUUUUUUGCCGCUUUGCACGGAUACGCAGAAGCGUUUAAAAUAUUAUUUUCAUCUUCGAGUAUUUCUAAUAAUGAAGUAAAUUUUAGUGUUGAAUUCGAUGGUAGUACGCCUCUUAUAAUAGCUUCUCAAGAGGGGCACGAAAGAAUUGUAGAGUACUUGGUCAAAUACGGAGCCGAAAUCAAUCGCGCUGAUUUUUAUGGUCAGACACCGCUUUACGCAGCUUCCUCUCGAGGUCACGAAAAAAUUGUCGAAUGCUUGGCCAAAUGCGGAGCAAAAAUUAAUCCCUCUAAUUAUUAUGAGACCACAUUGCUUUACGCAGCUUCCUCUCAAGGUCACGAAAAAGUUGUCGAAUGCCUGGUGAAAUGCGGAGCCGAAAUCAAUCGCGCUGAUGAAGAUGGUCGGACACCGCUUUACGCAGCUUCCUUUCAAGGUCAGGAAAAAACUGUCGCAUGCCUGGUGAAAUGUGGAGCCGAAAUCAAUCGCGCUAUUAGGAAUGGUGAGACACCGCUUUACGCAGCUUCCUCUCGAGGUCACGAAAAAAUUGUCGAAUGCCUGGUGAAAUGCGGAGCCGAAAUCAAUCGCGCUGAUGAAGAUGGUCAGACACCGCUUUACGCAGCUUCCUCUCGAGGUCACGAAAAAAUUGUCGAAUACCUGGUGAAAUGCGGAGCCGAAAUCAAUCGCGUUGAUGAAGAUGGUCGGACACCGCUUUACGCAGCUUCCUUUCAAGAUCAGGAAAAAACUGUCGAAUGCCUGGUGAAAUGCGGAGCCGAAAUCAAUAGCCCUGAUAAAUAUGGUGGGACACCGCUUUACGCAGCUUCCUCUCGAGGUCACGAAAAAAUUGUCGAAUGCCUGGUGAAAUGCGGAGCCGAAAUCAAUCGCGCUGAUGAAGAUGGUCGGACAGCGCUUUACGCAGCUUCCUUUCAAGGUCAGGAAAAAACUGUCGAAUGCCUGGUGAAAUGCGGAGCCGAAAUCAAUAGCCCUGAUAAAUAUGGUGGGACACCGCUUUACGCAGCUUCCUCUCGAGGUCACGAAAAAAUUGCCGAAUGCCUGGUGAAAUGCGGAGCCGAAAUCAAUCGCGCUGAUGAAGAUGGUCAGACACCGCUUUACGCAGCUUCCUCUCGAGGUCACGAAAAAAUUGUCGAAUACCUGGUGAAAUGCGGAGCCGAAAUCAAUAGCCCUGAUAAAUAUGGUUGGACACCGCUUCACGCAGCUUCCUCUCGAGGUCACGAAAAAAUUGUCGAAUGCCUGGUGAAAUGCGGAGCCGAAAUCAAUCGCGCCGAUAAAUAUGGUCAGACACCGCUUUACGCAGCUUCCUCUCGAGGUCACGAAAAAAUUGUCGAAUGCUUGGUGAAAUGCGGAGCCGAAAUCAAUCGCGCUAAUGAAGAUGGUCGGACACCGCUUUACGCAGCUUCCUUUCAAGGUCAGGAAAAAACUGUCGAAUGCCUGGUGAAAUGCGGAGCCGAAAUCAAUAGCCCUGAUAAAUAUGGUGGGACACCGCUUUACGCAGCUUCUUCUCAAGGUCACGAAAAAAUUGUCGAAUGCCUGGUGAAAUGCGGAGCAAAAAUUAAUCCAGCUAAUAAAUAUGAGAACACACUGUUGUACGCAGCUUCAUCUCGAGGUCACGAAAAAAUUGUCGAAUGCCUGGUGAAAUGCGGAGCCCAAAUCAAUCGCGCUUAUGAAAAUGGUCGGACAUCGCUUUACGCAGCUUCCUCUCGAGGUCACGAAAAAAUUGUCGAAUGCCUGAUGAAAUGCGGAGCCGAAAUCAAUAGCCCUGAUAAAUAUGGUGGGACACCGCUUCACGCAGCUUCCUCUCGGGGUCACGAAAAAAUUGUCGAAUGCCUGAUGAAAUGCGGAGCCGAAAUCAAUAGCCCUGAUAAAUAUGGUGGGACACCGCUUCACGCAGCUUCCUCUCGGGGUCACGAAAAAAUUGUCGAAUGCCUGGUGAAAUGCGGAGCCGAAAUCAAUCGCGCUGAUGACUUUGGUGAUACACCGCUUUACGCAGCUUCCUCUCGAGGUCACGAAAAAAUUGUCGCAUGCCUGGUGAAAUGUGGAGCCGAAAUCAAUCGCGCUAUUAGAAAUGGUCAGACACCGCUUUACGCAGCUUCCUCUCAAGGUCACGAAAAAAUUGUCGAAUGCCUGAUGAAAUGCGGAGCAAAAAUUAAUCCAGCUAAUAAAUAUGAGACAACAUUGCUGUACGCAGCUACCUCUCAAGGUCACGAAAAAAUUGUCGAAUGCCUGGUGAAAUGCGGAGCCGAAAUCAAUCGCGCUGAUAAAUAUGGUCAGACACCGCUUUACGCAGCUUCCUCUCGAGGUCACGAAAAAAUUGUCGCAUGCCUGGUGAAAUGUGGAGCCGAAAUCAAUCGCGCUAUUAGGAAUGGUGAGACACCGCUUUACGCAGCUUCCUCUCAAGGUCACGAAAAAAUUGUCGAAUUCCUGGUGAAAUGCGGAGCCGAAAUCAAUCGCGCUAUUAGAAAUGGUGAGACACCGCUUUACGCAGCUUCCUCUCGAGGUCACGAAAAAAUUGUCGAAUGCCUAGUGAAAUGCGGAGCAAAAAUUAAUCCAGCUAAUAAAUAUGAGAACACAUUGCUGUACGCAGCUGCCUCUCAAGGUCACGAAAAAAUUGUCGAAUGCCUGGUGAAAUGCGGAGCCGAAAUCAAUUGCGCUGAUAAAUAUGGUCAGACACCGCUUUACGCAGCUUCCUCUCGAGGUCACGAAAAAAUUGUCGAAUACCUGGUGAAAUGCGGAGCCGAAAUCAAUAGCCCUGAUAAAUAUGGUUGGACACCGCUUCACGCAGCUGCCUCUCAAGGUCACGAAAAAAUUGUCGAAUGCCUGGUGAAAUGCGGAGCCGAAAUCAAUAGCCCUGAUAAAUAUGGUCGGACACCACUUUCCGCAGCUUCCUCUCAAGGUCACAGAAAAAUUGUGGAAUUCUUAGUAAAAUGUGGAGCAAAACCUUCGAUUUAAUAAAAUGAAUAAUGAUGGUUGAACUCGAAUAGUCACCAAAAAUCUGUCGAAUGAUUAGUUCAACGAUGAUCCGAAACUCCUGUACGCCGGGCCAGACUUUCAAUAUUUUAUUACCAUCCGCCGCCUCACUUUUUAUUGUUAUUUUGUUGAUCAUAUCAGGGACGGUAAUUUUUCUCUAUCUAUUAAAAAGAAUGUUACCUUAACCUUUGAGAGAUAUUAUUACAUACUUUAAUUAUAUGAUUUAUAUUUAAAAAAAAUAGAAUUGAAAAAAACUGAAAUUGUUCGAGCGUAUUUCAGGAGCGAGAAAUGUCCUGUCUGAUACCUUGGACCAAUUAUACCUAGUUUGAUUAAAAUUAAAAUUUGAGUCUACAUUAUUUUUGGUAAUACAGUGUUUUUCUUUAUUUGUAGAA